AUGGGAGGAACUCCCAUCCAUUUCGGAGCAAUUCAAGAGAAUUGGACGGCUUUCCAGCGUAUGAGCGAGCUAUAUGAUGAGAAUGAGCUUUUAAGACCCGACAACGAUGCUUGGAGUCCGCUCUUCUGGGCCCUUCUGAACCGCAGCGCACCCGUUGAAAUUGUGCGGCAUCUCAUUGAUCAUGGAGAGGAUAUAUAG